AUGAAUAUAAUUUCUUCUUCUGUCCCUCCAUAUUUUUUUCUUUCCUAUACUUUUAUAAAUAUAAUUUCUUCUUCUAUCCCAUUUUUUUUCCAUACUUUUAUGAAUUUUUCUUCUUCUGUCCCUCCCUAUACUUUUAUGAAUAUACUUCCUUCUUCUGUCCCUCCAUAUUUUUUCUUUCCUAUACUUUUUAUAAAUAUAAUUUCUUCUUCUGUCCCUCCAUUUUUUCUUUCCUAUACUUUUAUAAAUAUACUUCCUUCUUCUGUCCCUCCAUAUUUUUUCUUUCCUAUACUUUUUUAUGAAUAUAAUUUCUUCUUCUGUCCCUCCAUAUUUUUUCUUUUCCUAUACUUUUAUGAAUAUAAUUUCUUCUUCUGUCCCUCCAUAUUUUUUCUUUCCUAUACUUUUAUAAAUAUAAUUUCUUCUUCUGUCCCUCCAUAUUUUUUUCUUUCCUAUACUUUUAUGAAUAUAAUUUCUUCUUCUGUCCCUCCAUAUUUUUUCUUUCCUAUACUUUUAUGA